AUGGAACCCCCUGCUACCAUAGAUGAUAUGGAGAUUCCCAGUCUGCUCCAGAUGCGCCUCGGCCUCACACUUUCACUCGUCUCCGCUUUCCAAAUAUUUCAGCAGUCGGUGGUAAAUGAACUCCAUGACGUCGAUCGCACAAGCAUAACAUUCUCGCUGGUCAGUGCGGCAUUCCCUCUCGGUCAAUUCAUCUCAACGCUUUUCCUCGCAUGUCGUCCGAUUCCGGCCAAACUGGGACUUAUCAUCGAUGCCUGGCUGCUCAUAGUAGGCUCCAUUGUGGCGGCCAUUCCCAGCGUUGUCGCAAAAAUACGGGCAGCUUCUAGACUAAGCGCCAAGGAGGAGUGGGAAGAACCUGGGAGAAAUGAAACUUCUUGGUCACUGAUGUGUGCUGGACGGUUUCUAAUCGGUUGUGGAGCUGGUCUCGGCUUCGUCUGUUCAACGAUCGUCCUGUACGACAUGGUGCCAUAUGCAGCUCGUCCAGCUCACUUUCUUGCAUUGGGAAUCUCAUUCGCCUUCGCCACUCUAAUGAUCAACUGUACUCCUUUGAUCAAUUUUUCUGAUACUACCACUGUGAUAUUUGCGUCACUAGAGUCGCUUAUCUAUUUUCUUCAACCGAAAUCCAAUACUGAGAAGAUGACCGAUUCACCAUUAGAAGACUUCAGGGAAGUUCCCUCGAAGUUCCCUUCGACAUUGAUUUACGUUCUUAUGACGCUGAAUGUGAGCAUUGGAGUGCCAGCAAUUCUCGCCUUUUCGAAAGGUGUGUUCGAGAAAUUCGGUCUCGAUGCAACCACUGCUGCCUCGCUUUCUGUCGCAUUUCCUGUCGUUCAGAUAGUGCUUAUAAUCAUUCUCCACAAAUCGCUUUUGAAUAGGAAAAUUCUCAUUGUUGGUGGAUACAUUAUUGCUGUGAUGAUCCAGGCAAUGCUUCUUCUGACGUCAUACUAUCCUUACCUUCCGGAAAAGCACAAGACAAUUGCAAUGAGUGUACUGUUUUGGUUGCUGGCUGUUGUGGUCUGUGUCCCGUGUAACACUGCCCUGUGUUUAAUUACUGAACAAUUUGUCUCUUCAAGUGAGCAGAUGACAUUCGCAAGUCGAGGGAGAGCCUUGAUGUGGGUCUUGGCUACCGUCAGUACUGCUACGUUCACUUAUGCCAUGGAGGUCUACGGAUUCACCAUCUGUUUCGUUCCAUACGUCUUGAUCUCAGCCAUGUUCCUUGCGGUUCUGAUUCAUGUCUUAUCCAGAGAAAUACAAAGAAGACGUCUAGCACAAUUGGCAGACGAUACCACAAAAUGA